AUGUCAACCCCCAAGGCCACACCCCGCACCCACGACAACUCGCACGACACGUCCAACCUGAGCCACGACGAGAAGCGCCAGGUGCACGAGAACCGCAUGGACCGCCCGCCGUACAAGGUGGAGGGAGAGUUUAGGCCGAUCUAUAAGGGCGCGUGCUUCUGCGAGAAGGUGACGUUCGAGAUUGCGCGGGAGAGGCCGCUGGAGGCGAAGUUCUGCCACUGCGAGGGAUGCCAGAGGUUGCAUGGGGCGCCGUUUCAAUGGGCCGCGAUAUUCCACAAAACCGACGUGCGCUUCACCUCGGGUUCCUCGGAGCUGAUCUACUGGCACUCUGGGACCAAAUCGCAGGACUACAUCCUGCCGUGCAAAGUGUCGUGCAAGAACUGCCGCACGCCGAUCAUGGAUGAGGGGCGGAACAUGUUGUUGUUGUUUCCGACGCUGGUGAAGUUUGGCAGCGCGGCGGAGAAGCGGAGGUUCCAUCCGAGCUGCCAUAUCUUUUAUGAGCGGCGGGCGAUCGAUGUGCCCGACGGUCUGCCGAAGUGGAGGGGCCAUAAGGGCGAGAGUGAGGAGAUGGUGGAGACGAUGAGGGAGGAGCAUGGGGGGGCGAAUAUCUGA